GAAACCUAUUUCCCACAGCACCCACCCGAGGAAAGAGCAAACGCUGGGCUUGAUCAAUCCACAAAACCUUCCGAUCAAGCUUCCAUGGGAACGCCGGAGACUUCUCGGGAGCCUUGUCCAGAUCGGAUUCUCGAUGACAUCGGCGGCGCAUUUGGUAUGGGUGCCGUUGGUGGCUCUGCAUUUCACUUUCUCAAAGGCGUUUAUAGUUCUCCUAAAGGCGCUCGCCUUCUUGGCGGUUCUCAAGCCGUCCGUAUGAAUGCGCCUCGUAUUGGCGGUAGCUUUGCUGUUUGGGGUGGCUUGUUCUCCACCUUCGAUUGUUCCAUGGUUUACCUCCGCCAGAAGGAAGAUCCAUGGAACUCGAUCAUAGCCGGAGCCGCUACUGGCGGCUUCCUCCAGAUGCGUCAGGGCUUCGGCGCCUCCGCCCGCUCGGCUUUGUUCGGCGGUGUUCUAUUGGCUCUGAUCGAGGGGGCUGGGAUCAUGCUGAAUAAGGUGCUUAGUCAACCGCAGAACGCUCCUAUUAUGAUCGACGACGCCGGUGCUAUGGGCGGCGUCCCUGGUUACCCUAUGGACCAGAUUCCGGGUCUAGCAACACCGCAAUCGUCGGGUGCAAGUCCGGGAUCUUCAAAUGCGGGUUCGGAAUCGUGGUUCGGAGGAUGGUUCGGUGGCGGACAGAAAAAGGAUUCAGAGGCAAGUCGUGGAGAGAGCGACACGAAGAUUUUGGAGAGCUUUGAUUCGCCGCCGGUGCCGAAUUUCGAGUACAAGUAAAUAUUCUUUAUUCUAAGACUUGAUUUAUUAGGGGAAGUGUAUUAGAAUUGGCAGUUUACGAUUCACGCUGACAUGAAAUUGCAAUGGCAUUGUUUGUUGUUCUGAAAUAGUGAUCUGUAAGAGUAAGAUUAUAGAACACCAUUGAUCCUUUACCAAGUUAACUGGGAAAAUAACAAGGAAAGAAGCAUGUUUUGAGAAGUAUCAGGUUGUAAUCUAUUUACCUUUCCUAAGGAAAGUUGGA